UUCAGUCGCGCAGUAUCAGCUGGCAGUGUAGUGUUCGUGGACCGGACUUACUUUUGUAAUAAUAUUGUGGUUGUUCUUUCACUUCGCGACAGAGAAGAAUUUCAUUCUCUCUUUCGUUCGUGCGCCACGAAAGAGACGAUAGCCGAUUGCAAGAUGACUCUCGUACAACCCACCGUGGAGAUGCAACGGCACAUCCGCACCGAGCUCAACGAAGACGUGUCGACCAGGGAAAAGGAUCUGGAACAUAUCAAAGAAUGGUUACGUUUGCAACCACACUUGCCGCAAUUUCAUGAUGAUGCUCGCAUCAUGACGUUUCUCCGAGGAUGCAAAUUCUCACUGGAAAAGACCAAGAGRAAGUUGGAUAUGUACUUCACGAUGAGAGCGGCUGUACCGGAGUUUUUCAGUAACCGAGACCCAACCUUACCGGAAAUCAAGGAAGUGAUGAGAGUCGCAAACGUACCACCACUUCCGGGUUUGACGCCAAAUGGACGCCGCGUGGUCAUGAUGAGCGGUGUAGAUUUGGAUCAAAUAGCUGCGACCGUGGCCGAUGGUAUGAAAGUAGUGCUAAUGAUCGGUGACAUUAGAUUAAAAGAGGAACACGUUGGUGUGGCCGGAGACGUGUACAUUCUGGACGCCAGCGUGGCUACCCCUCAGAAUUUUGCCAACCACUUUGCCAAGUUUACACCAUCUCUGAUCAAAAAGUUCCUCAUUUGUGUACAGGAAGCAUAUCCAGUUAAAUUGAAGGAAGUGCACGUAAUAAACGUUUCACCACUGGUUGAUACAAUUAUCAACUUCGUGAAGCCGUUCCUUAAAGAAAAAAUACGCACCAGGAUCCAUGUGCAUUCGUCAUUAGACUCAUUAAACGAAUUUGUACCUAGGGACAUGCUUCCAGAAGAAUAUGGAGGAAAAGCUGGACCGAUCGCUGACAUUAACAGCCAAUGGUAUGAAAAACUGGUGACUUACAAAGAUUGGUUCAAGGAACAAGAAAAAAUCAAAGCUGACGAGUCCCGACGCCCUGGAAAGCCGAAGACACACGACGAUCUAUUCGGAAUGGAAGGUUCCUUCAAACAACUUUCUAUUGAUUGAAUGCAUCAACUUCGUUUUUAAAAAAAUACUUUAUAUGAUUUACGCAUAUUUUUAGUUGUUCAAUAAUGUGAACACUUCACAAACUGGGUGGUAGCCUAGACAAUUUUUU